AUGGAUCCAGUCUCGGCCUUCGGUCUCUUCUCCGGUGCCAUACAGGUCCUGCAGGCCAUCGCCUCGACCGUCGGCGGCCUGCGUCAACUUGCCGGCAAACUACGAGAGGCUGAUCUCACCAUCCAAUCCCUGAUUCAGGAGCUGGCCUGCAUUCGGACGGCGCUAACUAGCCUCAAGGAGUGGCUCCGUAUCCACCGCAGUGGUAGUGGCCGCGAUGGACCCAAAUCUGACGAGCUCGACCACGAUCUGGCGGUCGCCAUGGAUGGCUGUCGCGUGAUUAUGGAGGUCUUGUCGUAUGAGGUCUUGGAGCUGGUCCAGAGCGCCGAAGAAAGCGGGGGGAUUGGCUUUAAGAUCCGCAUGAAGGUCGUUUGGAAUGAUGAAGCCAUGAGAGGGCAUCAGGAGAAAUUGCACGCUCAAGUUCAGGCGCUACAGCUGUUGCUUCAAGUCUGUCAAUGCCAUUCCUCCACCGAGCAAGUCCGUCUACUGCGACGGGCUACGACCCGUCAGAUCAUCGGCAAAGUGGCCGGUGAUACUGCCACCCUCAGAUCAGGCCGUCUCAGCCGCGUGGGCAGCGACGCGGAUAACCUGUCCGAAAGCAGCAGCCGGCGGGCAUUCAGCGAUCGGAUAUUUGACUUCGAUGCAACUAUAAUGAACUCGCCGGUCUAUCAACGGGCGUUGCAGCAGUGGACAACAUCCAGUCUGCCUCCGAAUGCUCAACCUUUGGAGACUCGGCCUCUUGAGACUCAUCCGCAGCCUUCAAGACAGCCGAGUAUUAGCAUUAUCCACAGUUCCUUCACGGACGAAGGCUAUGGUAGCUAUCACUCCGAAGCCCAUAAGCAGAAAGGCCUCGGAUUGGACACUGCUCAACAACAAGGGGACUUCCUUGCUUUGCCACAGAGCCCGUCCGCGCCAGUGCACAGCAGGAGCCAAUCUCAAACUCAGAUUCCCCUGCGACAAAACAUAAAUGGUAUCCGAAGAAUUGUCUCCGACUCAAAAGCCUUGCCUCGAUUGCAGACGUCGGGAUCCAGACUAGAGCGCUUCUCUUCUUUCCUUGGACGUAUCAAUACCAGCAGUCGGAGAAGUCUCAAGGGAUCAUCGCCUGUAGGCUCGCAGAAUCUUCCGAGUAUUCCGAAUCCCAGACGGGGAUACCGGUCAAGACCUAACGUUCACACCAGCAUCGAUCUCGCCAAGGAUGGAGCGUCGGUUUCCCCACUUAUCAAAGCUGCUCAAGCUGGCUCUCGAGAAGAAGCUGAGCGACUUAUCGAGCGGGGCUAUCUGAUCGACGAAAGACAUGAGAGAUCGGGCCGUACUGCCCUUUUAGUUGCUUCGCACUGUGGCAAGGAAGAAGUCGUUGAUUUAUUGAUUUGCAGCGGCGCUCGACUGACAGUGACAGACGGAUCGGGCGAGACAGCCCUCCAUCUAGCCGCAUCGAGGGGGCACUGGGAGGUCAUAGAGUUAUUGAUGGUAGAAAGAGGACUCAUCGAAACCCCGAAUCUCAAAGGUCGAACUGCAUUGCGGGUAGCAGCAGACUGUGGACAACCAGAGUCUGUCCAAGUGCUACUCAUGCACCACGCCCAGGUGAAUGCUCGAGCUGAGAAUCAGAUGACCGCUCUGCACGCUGCUGCCAAGCGCGGAGAUGAAGAGAUUAUGCAAUUACUCCUCGCGCAGGGCGCUGACAUCGAAGCCAAAGAUGGGACCAUGAUGACGGCAUUGCACUAUGCUUGUGAAGAAGGCCAUAUCGAAGCGAUCAGAGUUCUGCUCGAUUACCGAGCGAAUAUCGAGGCCCCCGGCCGAGACCAUAAAACACCAUUGAUCUGCGCUGCUGGGGCGGGAAAGGCCCAGGCAGUGGAUUUCCUUCUGAAGCGGAAGGCUUCUCUCCGCAGUGCCGAUGACAGUGAAAUGACCGCGCUCCAUUGGGCUGCUUAUAAUGGACACGAAGAGACAGUCAGAAUCCUCAGCGAGAAGAAAGGGGCCCUAGAUACCGUCAACAGCGUUGGCCGAACGGCACUGCAUUUGGCGGUGAUGCAGUCGCAAUUUGCCGUGGUGGAAUUGUUGCAGCGCAAAGGCGCGCCGCUCGAAACACGAUGCAAGACCGGUCUUACGGCUCUCCAUUAUGCCUGCAUGGCCGACAGUUUUGAGAUCACACGCCUGCUGCUGUUGACAGGGGCUGAUGUCGAAGCGUCAGAAUCCCAACACCAGCAACGGCCUCUGCAUAUCGUUGCCGCUCGUGGGUCAAUCUUCUUGUUAGACCUCUUGUGUGCAAAAGGAGCCUUGCUCGAUGCACGGAAUGGUGUGGGUGAUCGACCUCUUUGUGUGGCCAGCCGGUUCGGUCACGUCGACGUGGUGCAGAAGCUACUUGAUCGAGGCUCCCCGCUGUCCCUCAAGUUUGAUAGCGGAUUCCGGGAAGAUUCACCACUGUGCUUGGCCGCUAUGGGGGGCCAUUGGCAUGUAGCUUCUCUGCUACUGGGACGCGGCGCAUCAGUGUUGAAGAAGGAUGAGGCUGGCUGGCAGCCGAUUCGCUAUGCUGUAUACUAUGGCCAGCCCGAUCUCCUCCAACUGCUCUUAUCGAGCGGUAAAAUGCCAGAUGCAGAUAUCCCGGAUCUUCUCAACAUGCCAGACACAGUUGGAUUCGCUCCUGGUAUACCUGAAGAAAGAAAAUAUCAAGUACAGCAGCUCCUCAGCCAAAGUCUGAGACAGCCCAGCACAUCGACACCCGCGAGUCUGCCUAGGGCGUCUCAGGGUGAAAGCCUGCGUGACUCGUUCUUAGGAACGUAUACGCCUCCUCCUGCCAUUGAAGCGGAUAGUUCGACACCCGUUGAACUGCCGGGUAGCUUGGAUCAGGAGCGAUCAAUCAGUCAGGCCGGAUCUGUCGACACCAGCCCACGUAUGGCCACCCCGGGGGCAAGGCCACCCGCCGUGCAGCCGCUUCCUUUGGCUAGCGACCGAGUCACUGCGUUACUAGAAGCAGCUCGAGGAGAAUCACCCAUCAGGCACCAGCAUCGACGGCGGAGCAGGCAUACAAGGAGUCGAAGUCAAUCUCGGCCCAAAGAAGCGUCACUAUUGUCUGCAACGGUCGCCUCGGUACCAUCUUCAUCCUUCGUUUCGCCACCGCUACCGGUUCCAACUGCCCAGGCCCAUCGACCCCCGGUACAUAGAAUGAAAGAUGAGGCGCCCAGCACCCCUGUUCCUGAUUCCCAUGCAAUCUCAAGUUAUCCAACUCCUGAGUCAGAACGAGUCCCACGAACGCUUCCGACACAAACUUAUACAACGGCCCCGGCGGCCUCUCAGCCUCGUAUCGGAAGGCAGGAGGAUUAUGAUUCUGACUCUGAUUCCAUAUCCUCUGUUUAUACGGCGCUCGAGGGCGAUAUAGAACCUGACCCCGCUGCAGGUGUCGAACAUCGUAAUGAUGUCGAGCUUGCAUGA